AUGGAAAAUAAAGAAACCCAACCUUUUCUCGACGUCCCAGUAACUGAUGCAGAGAGGGCAAGGGCUCGCGCUGCUGACCAAGAACGUCAACUUUCAUCUCAACAUGCCAGCAAUAACCCGCCAGAACCACGACAGAUAGGAGGGCAACUUCAACCGCCAAAUAAUGGAGCCGUGCCACUACGCUUUCCAUCCAUUCAUGCCGCCGCUUCAUUAGCAAGCAAUCAACCAACUCCGCAAAACUUCUCCCACAGGAAUCCAAACGACGAUCGACCGCGUACGAGUAGUUCAACCUGCCCGGUACAUGGCCCUUCAGCGACAACCAAUCCACCACCUCCACCACCUGUGCCACAAACUGUUAAUCGACCGCAAAACCCAACCUGCCCCGUUCAUGGCCAAUCAGCAACUCGGAAUCCGCCGCCUCCAAGGUUCGGAAAUGGACAACAUGUCUCAACUAUCCACGAAGAGGACGAAGAAGAUUCCCUACACUUGAGGGAUGUAGGUUCACGCCAAACCAACGACGACGAGGGCCGGUUAUUACCAAACGCAGGACCAGUACCGCCACUAUGGACACCUCUAUGGUUGAAGAAAUGGUUUCUGGGCGUGUUUGCUCUGGUCUACACGUUGUUUCUUCUUGGUAUGGUCCUUCUCUGGUACUAUGAUAAGAAGAACGAUGGUUUCAAGGUCAAAGAAGGAACGAGUCAUUAUGCUUGGGCAUAUGCUCCCACCGUUGUCGUCGUCGUGAUCCUAGCCACCUGGCGGCUGGUGGAUCACAGUACCAAAAUCAGUAUGCCAUUCCACGCUCUCCAGGGCGGCCCUGUCAAAGCUUCGGAAAGUCUCCUCCUCGACUACAUCUCGAAUUUCCAACUCGUGUCUUUACUAGGAGCCAUCAAGAACUCACAUAUCGCGGUUAUUGCUUCAAUCAGCGGGUUUGUGUUAUUAAAAGUGAUUACCAUUUUUUCCACAGGAUUACUUGUCCUACUACCGACAGUUGUCACACAAACAGGUAUAACGAUCCAAGCACGAAAUUUCAGCGCCGACUCUUUCGAUCCGACCAUUCCUUUCAAUACUUCGACUUUUUCAAGCAUCCCUGUAUAUUCAUACUACGCAAGCGUGGUGCAGGGAAUGCCAUUUGAUAAUGGUGUGACAUCCAACAUUGCUUAUAGCAUAGUGACUGUCGAAUCUGAUUCACCAAUUCCCGAUGAAGCAACAAUAGAGGGCGAAGUGGCCGCCUUUGUACCACUUUUAACUUGCAAGAAAUUAGAUGUGCAGGUUGACAGCCCAACUACUGUGGACGACUCCAAUGCGGUAGACGCUUUAGCCACCUCACCAAAUAUCUCGCUGACUAUCAAAGCGGGCGAUGUCUGCCCAGGAGCAUCCUCUCUUCAGGUUCCAGCCGAUAACCCCUACACCGAAAUUACCCCUGAGACUCAAACUCUGGGCACGUUGCAGCAGAUCUUCUGCGGAUCAGCCAAUGUCACAGAACCAGAUGCAAGUGGCCCGGCGGGUUUCUUGUUGACUGUGACGGAUAUCAGCUAUAAGCAAAGCCUGUUCGACAAUGCGACCGAGUUGGCAGGAGGCACCUUUACAAUUGCAGACAAUGUUUCAAGGACUCUGAACACGAUCACCAACGUGUUUUGCAAUGCGUCGUAUACCAUAACCCGCGUCAAGCUUACCAACAAUACCCGGUUGAUCGACAGCAGUCAGGCUGUCUCAAUCCAGCCAGCCGGGAACACGCAGAAUAGCACAUUACCACGACUCUCCGAUUGGAAUGUCACCAAUAUAUAUGCACAGUCAUCAAUAUCCGCAGAAGCAUUAUUUGGAGAUGUGAUCAAUGAUGAUACCAUUUCUGAUUCAAGCGCAAUGUUCCAACUCAUGGCGUUGACGCAAGGCACGCAGGGUAUCGAUACCUUGCUAGAUGCGGACAGAUUGAUGACAGCUGCUGCUCAGACAUAUAACGGCAUAUUAUCACAAUAUGCACAUCAGCUCUUGAGAGCUCCGGAAAGCAGUGACUUGGAAGACGGGACUGUCACUGUGAAUCAACCAAGAUUGCGAGUCAAUGAUGUUUCUGUUUGGACAAUUGGCGCUCUCUGUGGCGUUCUCGCUCUGUUGUCCAUCGCCCUGGUUUUUAUUGCACCGAGAAGUGUUGUCCCUAGAAAUCCAAGCUCAAUAGCGGUCAUCGCCAUGCUACUUUCCAGAAGCGUAGAGUUGGACAGGUUGUUACGACGAGAAACCGUCCCGAGCUUAGAAAAUCAGAAGUCUGCUCUAUCUGGUUAUGAAUUCGGCACAGCAAUUGCAACAUCAGAUGCUGGCCGGAUCAGUUAUCAGAUCAUCACCUCCGAGGGUGACCCUGAUCCACCUAUACGCGAAACAACGCAUCUCAAAUGGUGGUUACCAAUCAGUGCCACCAUCCCUUUCCUCGCCAUCACUAUCACAAUCCCUUUGGCUCUUAUCGCUGUUCUGGAAGUUUUGCAACGGUCCUCGGAGAAAAAUGACGGCCUGUUCACAGUGGCGGAUGACAAAUGGACUGAAAUAUAUAGUCAUUACAUUCCAGGGGUUGUGAUGCUGAUUGUUGCAGCAUUAAUCAAUAUGCUGGACUUCAACAUCGCAUUGUUCGCUCCCUGGGUCAAUCUCGCCAAAGGCAAUGCAGUCAGCAGAAGGUCCAUCUUAAACCAUCUAUUGGGAAGAACACCACCACUAGCGUUCAUGCAAGCGCUCAAGACACGAAACCUAAGUGCAAUACUGAGCAUACUGGCAGCGACGGCAGCAGCAAUCCUGACCGUUGUCGCUUCUGGACUGUACACCGUCGAGCACUUUACUGUUGAAGGACCUGAAAUAACGCUUCGCACAACGGAUUCCUUCGCCCUCACUUGGACGGACAGUUUCACAUCCGACAAUGGAGCUGCCGCCAUGAUGGAUCUUAUCAUGCAUCAGAAUCAGAAAUUUCCCCAGUUUACUUACAAAGACCUGGCUUUCCCAAGCCUUUCCUUGGACAACUCACGCGUGUCUACCGACUCCCUCGCUACAGCGAGCGGAACCUACAGCCAGAUGUUGGACGCCCAUCGAGGCAAUUUGAGGUGUGAGAUAUUGAGCGCUGAUUCUUACGAGAUAACAACCGAACAGGCCGGAUCGGAGACUGCAUAUCCGGAUGAUAUGGCUUUCGUAACUGCUACGGCUACGCUCCCUGACUCUUGUCGGCUGGGAGGUUCUACGGGCAACGAAUCUGUCGUCGUGUAUGAGAAUGAUUUUGUUCUCCUCCCGGAUGGAGAGGCGACCUUUGCAGGAGCUCAGCUAGACCUUUUGUUUGGCGAAAACGCAAGUUUGUAUGGAAAUUUUGGUGAAGAACGAGGCCAAUACAUUUCGGACAAUCCACCAGUCGGCUGUCCGAGUCUUGCGUUCACCUUUGGUCAAUUCAAGUUGGGCAGCGAUGACAAAGAUCUAGUCACAACCAUGAUCUGCUACCAAGAGAUCAUGACAGUCAAAGCAAAUGUUACCUUCAAGGCCAACAGUACCAGAAUCGACACCGAUCGCCCGCCCUUACCUCAAGGGGACACAUAUACCGUUGUUGACAAUCCCGCCAGCAACGAGAGUGUGAAAUCCUUCGAUUUCCGGAUUGAGAACAAUCUGGCUCAAGAGAUGACACUUUUCACAGGCAGCAACAGUACACCGGCAGCGGAUCCUGCUAGCACCGCAACCCUCGACAUAUAUUUCCAAGCCAUCAUCUAUGGCCCAGACAAGGUGGAUCCUGCCUCGUUGAUCGGAGUUGAAAACCAAUCUGUGUUCCAGAAUACGGUCAAUACCUUCUAUGGGUUGUACAUGGCGCAAGCCAUCUCUGCCAACAUGCGCCAGCACACUGAAACCAAUAGCACUUCUCGGCUCAUUCGUCGACAGAACUCCAAUGCGCUUGCCACCUCACCAACCACAAUCACCCACCCUCGCCUAGUUCAGCAUAAGGAGAGCAAGAUUUUACUCCAAGUUCUCUUAGGUCUUAUGACCGCUUUGGCUGCAGCAGCAUGGACAACCACGAAAUUCCGUUACGUGCUACCUUGCAACCCUGCCUCGAUCGCCGGAACAAUGGCUCUCCUGGCUGGUAGCGACCUCUGCUACGCGACUGAUGAUGGUAUUUGUGAGUGCUGCGGCAAGUCACGGCGGAGGAGCUUUGGAAUUGAUAAUGACGGUCGCCCCGAGAGCAUCCAUGCUGGACCUGAAGAUAAUCUCUCUGAUGAAGACAACGAUCGACAGCAACAGAUACCCGAGGGUGCCGAGUGGAUGCGAUCUGACCAAUUCAAGAGCUUGUUUGGUGGGAAGAGAUAUAGUAUGGGGUGGUGGCGUGAGCGACGAGGAAUUGGUAAACGAAAGCGAUUCGGCGUCGACAUUGGCGAGCGUGCAGAUGGAAAUGAUGAUCAAGACUGGGAACUCGGUGACCGCCGACCUGAUGGGGCCGGGUUUGAGAACUUCAUGAUGCGCAACCUAGGUGGCGGUGGAACUGGAGGUGGCCGCGAUGGCAGCCGUGGUGAAUACGCCAGUAUUGGCAGCGCUCACGGUCGUCGACCAAGUGGCGUUGGUCUUCCCCCUGUUCAACAAUCCUUGACGAGGGACGGUGAUGUUGGAUUUGAAUCACCUCGACAUGUCCGCGCUCCAAGUGGUGGCGGAGGAGGAACUCAACCAAUUCCUGGCUCGGUAGCGCGAAGAGGAACCUCUAUCAUGGGUGGUGAAGCGUAG